GGGAGAAGCGAAAAAUGGACGCAAACUGAUUUGUGUCGCAAUACAGAUAAAAUUGGUGGUUUCUUCUCACCUCAGGGCAAAAAGAUGUGAAUAUUUUUUUUAUCACUUGGCGCGUCGUCUUUGUCGUUGCCGUCGCCAUUAAUACGAAAACAGGUUCGUAGACUGGGGGGUUUUGGUGGCCGUUUGUAGAGCACGUGAUUUGUAUGCUGCGUUCAGGUUACCUCGGGAAUGAUUCGUCACAACCAUUUGAAAACCAAGAUGGGUGCCUUCGUUACAUUUAAGUUUCGGGAAAGAUGACAUGAUUGAAAUAUAGUAGAGCUUUUUAGACGUUUUAUUGUUUAUUGUUAUCAUUAUGUUGUUUAGAGAGCGACACGUAUGUCGGACAUGUACAAAAACAUGAGGACGACCACGAUAAGAUAGUAUUCGUUUAUAGAGACAAUUCCACACUCUUAUUGUUUAGUUUUAAUGGAAUAUUUCUUCCGUGGAUUUUGGGAACGUUUCACUAUGAAAUGUCUGUCUUCCCAGUUGUCCUGGAACGCGGCAUGACACCGACCGACUCAAAACCGGCAGGCGCUGCGCAGGGGUCGACGCGGGCCUGUGCGCAUGCGCAGUCCGCAUUUCGGGGAUGGGUCUAUCGAGUGAAAUCAAGAUGGCGACUCUGGCAAAAGCGCCAAGGCACAUACUGAAGUAGAGGAGCAAAGUUGACCGCUCCAGCGGGGUUUCUUCGCGCCCCACCGGGGGUCUGGCGAAACAUGAACACCUCGGGCGUCAUUUGGAGGCGGGAUUGACCGGGAUUUAAGUCCUGCGAACGAGCCAGCGAGAUGUGCGAGAGCUAUGCCCGCUCGCUGCUGCGUGUUUCGGUGGCGCAGAUCUGCCAGGCUCUCGGCUGGGAUGCGGUUCAACUCACUGCGUGCGAUCUGCUGUCCGAUGUGCUGCAUCGGUACAUUCAGCAGAUGGGCAGAGUGUGUCAUCGAUACUCUGAGCUCUAUGGGAGGACAGACCCAGUCCUGGAGGAUGUGAGCCAGGCUUUCAGGCUGCUGGGAGUGAGUCUGAACGAACUGGACGAUUAUGUCAACAAUCUGGAACCCGUGGCCUUCCCCAAUCAGUUGCCAACCUUUCCCGUCAGCAAGAACAAUGUCCUGCAGUUUCCCCCGCCCGGCGCCCAUGACGCGGACGAAAGGAAAGACUAUAUUCCUGAUUACAUGCCACCUCUGGUCUCUUUACAAGAAGAAGAGGAGGAGGAAGAAGUCCUUCCCGACAUGGGCACCUCUGCCGAAGCUAUGCAGGUGGCGCUGGAGGAGGAGGGGGAAGAGUUCGAGGACGACGAGACUGUCAAUGACGAGAACUACCCCCUGAAGAGGCCCCUGGACAGCCCCGAUGCAGACUUGGGUAUGAUGCCGACGUCGAAACGGCCACGGAUGCUCCCCGGCCUGAGCCCCGAAUGGGGUGUGGAGCCCAGGGAGCCCCUUACCUCCCUCAACUCUCAGCGUGUACCUCCGGGCAUACUGCCCUCUCACGAUAGCCUUGACCCCAUGUCACCCGAAGCACCCUCAGGAGCCAUGCCCUCCUUCAGACCUCAGCCUAUGAUUCCAAAAUACCCCGAUCAGAAGGCCCUCGCCACCCCUGGAAAAAAGCCUAAAGUCUCAUCGCCUGGUAGACAAAGGACUAAGUCCCCUAAGGGGGUCAUUGCCGCCUCGGGGGCCGGGAGUCCCAUCCACUCUCCGAAACAUUCUAAGGAGAGGAAGAAAUCUCCAGGCCGGACAAAGAGUCCGAAAAGUCCCAGGAGUCCCAAGAUGGUUCCGGGCAAAGCGCCUCCGCCUCAGGUCAAGGUGGAAAACGUGCACAAGGUGCCGUUGUCCGUCCUGAGCGAGAGGAUGGGGAAAGAAAACAUCCACAUGCGUCAGAACGUGGAGGACAAGGACUUGGCCGAGGGCUCCUUCAUCAAAUUGGAGCCCGACAACGCGGCCAUCGAAGAUUCGAUCAGCGCCGUGAUCGCCAGAGCGUGCUCCGAACGGGAGCCCGAUCCUUUCGCCUUUUCUUCGGGCUCCGAUUCGGACAGCAACGGCUUCUCCAGCCCGAGGAGACUAACUAUUAUGGAGGCGACGACACCCAAAGCGCCGCCGGGGACCGCCGGCAUAUCCGCCGGCAUAUCCGCCGGCAUUUCCGCCGGCAUAUCCGCCGGCAUAUCCGCCGGCAUUUCCACCGGCAUAUCCGCCGGCAUAUCCGCCAGAGACACGUCGACGCCGCUUCAGCUCCAGCUGCACCCCGGCCAGGGAAAGUGGACCAUGGACGACUCCAUCGACGAGGUGAUCCGAAAGGUGCACCAGCCGCCCAAUCACGAGGAAUACGUCUCGUCCGGAUCGGCGUCGCCUCCGACGCCCGAACCCCUGCUGAAGAUGUUGGAGGAGAAGAGCAUGUUUGUGUCGCCGGCGGACGUCAAGAAGAAGCUGAAGAAGGAGCUCAAGACGAAACUGAAGAAGAAGGAGAAAGACAAGCCCAAAGACAAAGAGCGGGAGAAGGACAAGAGCAAGGUGAAAGAGAAGAACAAGGACAAGAACCGGGAGAAGAACAAGGACUUUUCCAAGGACAGCAAGCUUCUGUGGAAGGAGUUCGGCAUGAAGGACGACGAGCACUUCAGUCAGCGGGACUUCACUCUGCCCGAGGGCUCCAUCAAGAUCAAGUCCAGAGACGGGGAGGGCCCCAAGAAAGAGAAGGAGAAGCACAAGGAGAAGAAGAAGGACAAGGACAAGAAUAAGCGAGACAAGGAGAAGAAGGGCAAGGACAAGAGCAAGGACGAGCGUCAGAAACAGGCUGCCCUCGACCCCGUCGCCCUGGGGGAGGUCUCGGCCCUCUUCAGUCCCUCCUCCUGCCUGCGCAUGCCCUCCCUGGUGCCCGUCCUUCAGGACAGCAAGGAUGCCAAGAGCAAGGAGAAGGACAAGAAGAAAGACAAGAAGGAGAAGAAGAAGAAGAAGGACAAGGAGAAGGAGCGGGAGAAGGAGGAAAAGAGGAAAGAAAAGGAGAGGGAGAAAGAAAAGCGGGAGAAGGAAAAGGAGAGAGAGAAGGAGCGGAUUCGAUUGGAGAAGGUGAAGGUGGAGGCUCCGGUCGCUGCUCCUUCUCCUGUCAUCCCCAGAUUGACGCUUCGAGUCGGUGCUGGACAAGACAAAAUUGUUAUCAGCAAAGUGGUUCCCAACUCGGAACCAAAGACGCCAGCGCCCAAGACCCCCGCCCCCAAGUCCACACCCAGUCGUCCUCGGUCGCCUCCGCCGCCCCCCAUCCUCUCCCCGGUCAUGCCUCUUCUGCCGCCUCCGCCCUCGCCGCUGCCUCCGCCUCCGGUGCCCUCGUUGCUCUCUCCGUCCCCUCUGCUGUCCCCCGCCGCCUCGCUGAAAACGCCCGUUCGCAGCGUGGUGACCGAGACGGUCAGCACCUACGUGAUCCGAGACGAGUGGGGAAACCAGAUCUGGAUCUGUCCUGGAUGCGACAAGCCAGACGACGGCAGCCCCAUGAUAGGAUGUGACGACUGCGACGACUGGUAUCACUGGCUGUGCGUGGGCAUCCUCACAGCGCCCCCUGCGGACCAGCAGUGGUUUUGUAUCAAAUGUGCCAGCAAGAAGAAGGACAAAAAACACAAGAAGAGGAAACACAAACUGCAUUGAAGUCAUGCAAACAACAGGAAGGCACAUAGAAGGUGAAGGCAGGACUCGUGUACGCUGCAUUGAAGUCAUGCAAACAACAGGAAGGCACAAAGAAGGUGAAGGCAGGACUCGUGUAAGCUGCAUUGAAGUCAUGCAAGCAACAUUUAAGGUGAAGGCAGGACUCGUGUAAGCUGCAUUGAAGUCAUGCAAACAACAGGAAGGCACAUAGAAGGUGGAGGCAGGACUCGUGUAAGCUGCAUUGAAGUCAUGCAAACAACAGGAAGGCACAUAGAAGGUGGAGGCAGGACUUGUGUAAGCUGCAUUGAAGUCAUGCCAACAACAGGAAGGCACAUAGAAGGUGAAGGCAGGACUCGUGUAAGCUGCAUUGAAGUCAUGCAAACAACAUUUAAGGUGAAGGCAGGACUCGUGUACGCUGCAUUGAAGUCAUGCAAACAACAUUUAAGGUGAAGGCAGGACUCGUGUAAGCUGCAUUGAAGUCAUGCAAACAACAUUUAAGGUGAAGGCGGGACUUGUGUUGCCACUCAGAGGAAGAAACUGGGGGGUGAUUUUUAUUGAUGAGGCAGCAAAAAAACAAAAAAGUCUGCUGGCUUCUGUGCACGAAGACGACACCGAGCAUCCAUCGUCUUCUUCCCCGGCUCUCCCGCCUUCCUCCCCGUCAUGUACAUAAUAACUGCGAGGGUGUAUAAACGUGUAAAUACCACCACGCCCAGAGGAAAUAACUCCCAUCAAUCCAACUUUGCAUCGCUUUUUAACCCAAAAUGAAGCCCGUGUCAUUUCUGUACAUUUUUUUAAAAUUGAAAGUCUGUAUUUUAUUUCUCCCCCCCUCGUGUUUUUUUUGUGUGUGUGCCGCAGUCGUACUGCAGCUUGUGAUAUGAAUCAUUUCAGUCAUGUUUCUACAUUAAAGGUGAAAACAGUCUGUGCGCUCACGCAGACUUUAAGACGGAAAUCUCCCGACCAUCACAAUUGUACUCAUCCUUUUCUUCACCCUCAAAGCCUUUUUUUGCAUUUGCUGAACACAAAAAUAGAAAUUAUUUUGACAAAACCUGGUUUCAGAAGCUGACUUUAUUUCUGCAUGUUCUCGCCGUGCAUGCGUAGGGGUUUCUCCUUGCACUUGUCCCCCAACUUUUAAGCGCUGCUAAAGGUUGUUUUUUUUCAUUCACCCAAAUGAACACUCAUUAUUUUUAUUCUCCCGCGACACAUAAAAACAAAAUAAAAAUCACCAGUCGAAGAUCCUGUAUAUGACAAGCGUGCACUCCUGUUUUAAAGGACCUGCUGCAAAAAACGCCCGUCAAAGAGCCUCUAUAUGACAGAAGCACUUUGCCUUUUUAAGAGCCAAUGGAAAAAAAAACAUUAGUCAAAGAUCCUCUAUAUGACAGAAGCACUUUGCUUAUUUUAGGACCUAUUGCAAAAACAC